UUGAUUUGAUAGCUCUAAUCUGCGUUUAAAACUGAGAAAUCAAUGGCUUGGUGAUCAGUUUUUGUUGUUUCAGAUAAUCGUAGCUGAAAAAGUUGUAAAAAAUUGAAUUCUCUGCAUUUUCUUGCCUUUCGGAAUCCUCAAGUUUCUUUCUUUUUCCUUGUAAUUCCGCCAUGGAAAUACUAGUUUCAUUCGCGAGUUCGUUACUAGGAGACGGUAGUCGAAUUCUCUGCGGUUCUAUCUACUCUAAGAUACGCAAUUUCUCCAAGUUUCGAUCGAACCUUGAUGCUCUGGAGAAGGAGAUGGAGAAACUGAAGACGCGGAAAGAUGAUGUGGAACAACAAAUCGAAACUGGUGACAAACAAGGAAAAUUGCCAACAGCUCAAGUCGUGAGAUGGCUAAGCGAGGUCAACAAGAUGGAGGCUGAUAUGAACUCCAUGAGAACAGCUAUGGAAGACAGCACCAACAAUGCUUCUGGGUGUUGUUCAAACUGCGGUGUCCGGUGUAAAUUAAGCAAGCAGGUGGUGGACAAGCUCAACGAAGUUGCUCAACUACUAAAAGAUGCCGAUUUUCCGGCAGGAAUUGUAAUUGCUAACCAUUUGCCAGUACCAGUUGAGCAUAUCCCAGGGCCAUCAAUUGAAGGUCAAUCAACAGCAUCCAAAAAUUUAGCCAUGAUUAUGGAUUGUCUGUGGAACGAUGAGUUUGGGAGGAUCGGUGUCUGGGGUAUGGGAGGAGUGGGGAAGACUACUCUGGUGAAGAACUUGAAUAACAAGCUCAAAAGCCCUUCAUCGGUUCAACCUUUUAGCAUCAUCAUUUGGACUACUGUGUCUAAAGAUUUCGACCUGAAAAGGGUCCAAUUGCAACUUGCUGAGAGACUUAAAUUGACAAAUGUGGAAGAAAGCCCGGAAAGAAUGGCGAUUCGACUGUAUGAAAGGUUUGAGAAAGAGAAGAGGUUUCUUCUCAUUCUUGAUGAUGUUUGGGAUGCCAUCGAUUUGGACCUUCUGGGUGUUCCACGCCCUGAAAUUCACAAGGGUAGUAAGAUCAUACUAACCUCUCGAACCAAAGAAGUAUGUGCCCAGAUGACUACUGAUGUUGAUAUCAAAGUUGAUGUCUUGAAUGAAGAAGAAGCUUGGCAAUUGUUCUGUCAAAAUGCUGGCAAGGUAGCCAUGGCAGAACCCAUUAAAUCAGUAGCAGUUGUAGUUGCCAAGGAAUGUUGUGGAUUGCCCUUAGCAAUCAUCACUGUGGGGGCUUCCAUGAGGGGGAAGGCAAAGGUUGAGCUAUGGCAUGAUGCUUUGACUGCUCUCCGACGGUCCGAGCCUAUCAAAGGGAUUGAGAAGAAGGUAUUUACGCCACUGAAGUGGAGUUAUGAUUCAUUACAAGAUGAGCACAUCAAAACUUGUUUUCUUUGUUGCUGUUUGUAUCCGGAAGACUUUUCAAUUGAGGUUAGUGAACUUAUAAGAUUCUGGUUUGCGGAGGGUUUGCUGGAUGAACACCAAAAUUAUGAGGAACUAGAAAACCGGGGAAUGGCGAUAAUCGAGAGCCUAAUGGACUCUUGUUUGUUGGAUCUUGGUGCCCAAGUUGACACUGUAAAGAUGCAUGAUGUGGUUCGUGAUGUUGCGAUAUGGAUUGCAUGCUCCAUGGAGGAUGGAAGUAAGUCAUUCAUUCGGUCAGGAAUUGCCUUGAAGCAUUGGCCAGAGAAUGACUUACUGAAGUCUUCCAGGAGACUGUCUUUCGUGAAUAAUGAAAUGACUAAGUUACCUGACUGGGAGCUGCAAUGUUCUCAGGCAACAACUUUACUUCUCCGAGGUAGUCGGUUCCUUGAGAAGGUCCCGUAUAGUUUCCUGCAAGGAUUUCAAGUGCUCAGAGUGUUGGAUCUUAGUGGAAGCUGCAUCAAAUCAUUGCCUCUUUCUCUUCUCCAACUUGGUGAACUUCGGGCUCUCAUUUUAAGUGGUUGUAGUGAUCUUAAAGAAUUACCUCCACUAAAAGGGCUUGGUAAACUGCAAAUACUUGAUUGUUGUGGUACUCGCAUCAAGGCAUUGCCAGAAGGGAUUGAAAAUUUAACCAACCUAAGGCAACUAGACCUAUCCUACACUCCCCAUUUGAAAACCAUUCGUGCGGGAGCUCUAUACAGGCUGUCUAAUUUGGAGUCUCUGAACAUGAGGCGCAGUGGUUACUGGUGGGGGGCGAAAGAAAAGGUGGAAAUGGGACAAGCUCCAUUUGAGGAGCUCCUACAUCUCGAGAGGUUAAUUGUUUUGUACAUUGACUUGUCAAUCAUCCCACAUUCCAGUUCUGAAGACUAUAUAACUUGGAUUAGACGGCUCAGGAAAUUUGGCGUUUUUGUUAAGGAUUAUGGUCCUGGAGAUAAUGCAAUUGAAAAUUCUGAAAGGGCCUUCAUCAGGCCGCGACAUUUUGUUAGGAGGCAUUUGAGUCUCAAAAACUACAAUCUCUCAGCAGUAAGACAGAGUUGGUGGCUGUUAAUCAAUGCAACUUCCGUGGAUAUCUAUGGUUGUUCUUAUAUUAAUCUGAUGCUUGAAAAUUUGGCCAUGCUUAGUCAUACUGUUGGUUCCUUUGCGGGUUUGAAGUCACUAACUAUCGGAAAAUCUAAGUAUGGUUUUCAGCCUGGAGUAGGAAGAGGUGGUUCACAGUUUGACCUGCUACCAAAUCUAGAGCAUCUCUAUCUCUAUUCUCUUGAUUUUCUGGAGAGCAUUUCAGAUUUAGGUGAUUUUCUCGGACUCAGGUUUUCUAAACUACGAUUGUUAGAAGUUAUAGGGUGCCCCCGUUUGAAGUAUCUUCUCCCUAUUGGUGGCUCAAUUCAAAUUUUGGAAGAACUGAAAGAAAUCAAACUGAAGUCCUGUGAGAAAUUGGAAGAGUUCUUUAGAUAUGAUGCUUCAAGACAGAUAAUGGCUUUGGAUCCUGUUGUUCCAAACCUGAGGAUGUUGGAAUUGAACAAGCUUCCCAAUUUGAAAACUCUUUGCAAAGAAAAUGAGUCAUGGCCAAGUUUAGAGCAGCUUGAAAUUCUUGAUUGCAAUCUUCUCAGGAAGUUGCCUCUCACUAUCCAAAGGGCAAACAACAUGAAAGAAAUAAGAGGAGAACAGCAAUGGUGGAGCCAACUGGAGUGGGACGAUGAAUAUACGAAAUCUAGUCUACAGCAUUACUUCACACCUAUUAUGGUAAACCCCUUUGUGAUUGCUCUCAAUUAAGGUCUCUUGGUUUUCCAGUCUACCUUAAACUAGCUCUGCCUUCAGCAUCCCCCUCAUCGUGAUUAUGGUAAUGACUUUGGGCAUUACUAAAUCCCAUAGUGUGACACUCGGUGUGUACAAGGCCCAGGAACGAGAUGGUUUUGAAUCAGCCAAACCUGUUCUCACUUGCCCAGUUGUGAGGAAUCUGUCUUUCCAAAAGCUUUGUAGAGGUUACAACAUUUGCUAUUUCUGAAAGUGAUCAUGAAACCUCCUGUGGGCUGUGGCAGCAAACAUUUGUGUGCAUUUUCGUAUUCAUCCUGUGGUUUUCUUUUCUCGUCCGACUUCCCCACUUGUAUUCAUGGUGUUAUUGUGUGAUUUUCUUAUUGGGGUGUGGAUUCUUUUGUGAUGGUCCUAUUGGUGUCUGGACCAAUUUGUCAUUAUAAUAGUGUUGCUUGUGUCCGUUUGGCUUUUGGUUAUUCCUUUGCUUUAGUUGUGG